AUGGGGAUCUUUUUGGCGUAUGUUGGAUUUGUUUUCUUUUCCGUUUUAUAUGUACAGCAAGGGCUUUCUUCUCAAGCAAAAUUUACCGAGUUUCCGCGAAACGUGACGGCAACCGAGGGGCAGAAUGUGGAGAUGUCCUGCGCUUUCCAGAGCGGCUCCGCCUCGGUGUACCUGGAGAUCCAGUGGUGGUUCCUGCGGGGGCCGGAGGACCUGGACCCCGGGGCCGAAGUACCCGGGGCACAGACGGAGCUGCUGCCAUACCGGGACCCCGACGGCGACGGGACCAAGAUCAGCACAGUGAAAGUCCAAGGCAAUGACAUCUCUCACAAGCUUCAGAUUUCCAAAGUGAGGAAAAAGGAUGAAGGCUUAUAUGAAUGCAGGGUGACCGACGCCAAUUAUGGAGAGCUUCAGGAACACAAAGCCCAGGCCUACCUAAAAGUCAACGCCAACAGCCAUGCUCGGAGGAUGCAGGCCUUCGAGGCCUCACCCAUGUGGCUGCAGGAUGUGAAGCCUCGCAAGAAUGUCUCUGCGGCCGCUCCCGGCAGCAUGCACAGCUCUGCCAACCAGCGAGUGCUCUCCACUUCCAGCCCUCAAGCGGUAGCCAAAAUCCCCAAACAAAGUCCACAAUCAGCAAAGAGCAAAUCGCCUGUAAAAUCUACGGAGCGGACAGCAAAGUUGACCCUAAACUCCAAGCACCACUCUGCACCCACUGUACUCUAA